AUGCGUCCAAGUAUUGUUAGACUAGUAAGAGCUCGUCGUCCUGAAAGAAAAACAUCGCCAUUACUUCCUCCAUUAGUAUUAUAUCGUCAUAUAUUAAGAGCACAUAAGAAAUUCUUAUCUCCAGAAUUACGUUAUUUAGGUGAUCCAUAUGUUAGAGAUGAAUUUAGAGCACAUCAGAAGAUAGACAACCCUUUGCAUAUUGUAGCAUUCUUAACUGAAUGGCAAGAUUAUCUAAUGAAACUUGAUCGAGGUGAAUGGAAAGAAGGAAGUUUGACAAAAGAGGAUUUAUCAAAGAUGUCAGAGGAGCAAGUUAAUCAACUUUAUGAAUUAAUGCAAGCGACUAAGAAAGCAAGACAGUUAGAUGCCGAAGAAGAACAAGAACAACAAUAA